CGGUGUUGAAGUUAGUCGGUACAACAAGUCCAUAAAUGCAAACCCUUGUGCUGUCGACCAUUUUGGGUGUUCAAUCUUAUGGCAUCACUUCUGUUUCAAGACUUAUUCACUCAACCUAGGAUGGAAAAUCGACUACCUUUAGAGUCGCUAACCGUUUCAGAGCUGGAAGCAUUGCUUUCAAAACAGCUUCAUUUGCGUGACCGUCUUCUCCCUAAAUUGCCUGAUUCCGGCGAAAAACUAAUGCAUUCGAUUGAAAAGAUCCAGCUUAUUUUAUCUGAAAAAAAGACGUGCAUCGUUAUCAAAGAUGACAAAACCCUUCCCGUAACAAACAAGGGGACGAAAGCCAUACAUGGAGCCUCAAAGUUUACUUCGAACUAUGAAGGAAACAAAUCAGAAACGUGCAUCAAUACACAUCUUAAGGAAGAUUCUAUUGAUAGUCUAUCAAAUAAUCUUUCUAAUAUAUCUAUUAGUUUACCGUGUUGUAAUGGUGCCGAUACGAAUCCGGAUGAGAAAUAUGAUAAUAUUCCAUGUAUAUCAUAUGAAGAGUAUACUGGAAUUAGACAAUCAUUAAAUCUCCCAUGUUCUUAUAGUUCAAGUUCAUUUCGAUGGUUCACAUUUUCAAUUCGGUUCAUGGGUGAUUUGGUAUAUUUAUCUGUCUUAGAUUGUAGUAAUCCUAAUCGGAGCCUUUUACGUGCUGGUCUUGUAAAAGCAUGGUUUCCUGAUAUGAAUAAAAUUGACACAAAAUCCACUUUAAAUGAAAUACCAUUGAAAAAAGUACCACUUAGUCAACCAACACAUGCAUUACAUGAUUUAUGGUUAUUUUUAUCAACAACCAGUAAUCAAAAUAAAAUUGUAUUAUCAAAUAAAACGAUCUAUUGCCUUAUAUGUUACUCGUCAAAUAAUAAGAACAAUAGUAGUAAUGAUAAUAACAACUGCGAUGAUAUAAUUUAUCUUGGUCGAUUAAUACGUUCUACGCGUCAUUCAAAUAUUGUUCGUUCAGCUCAGCCGCAUGAUUGUUAUUUUUCCAAUGCUUAUCACGCUUUGAAUACAAUAACUCUUGACAAUAAGAGUACUACUACUACUAAUACUACUAAUAGUAAUAUUGAUGAGAUUGUUCAAUUCAUCAAUGAUAUGGAAAAACAAGAUGAUAAUUUGUCAUAUUGUAAAACAUCACCUAUGUCUAUCAAUGAAACAUUUAUUCAAAAAUGUUAUAAACUCUAUGAAUUCCUAUUUGACAACUUAUCAUUAUCUUCUAAUAACAAUGAAAAUAUAAUAAAUGGUGGUGAUAUAGUAUUACGGUAUUUUUCAAAUUCAUUAGAAUUCUUAAAGUUGUCUAAAGCGAAAACAAUAAUGUGGAUGGAGGCACCUAUUGAGUUAUAUCUUUUGCGUAAACUCAAAACUGCUUGCAAUAUCAUGGCAAAUAAGUCUGCAUUGGAUUCAACAAACAAUCAAAUUAAUGAUUUGAAUAAAAUACCUGAUAAUAUCUUACGUCGAUUGGCUGUUGUUGGUUUAGGUCGAACCCGAUUAACUCGUCUAGCUGGUCUAGGUGGAUGGAGACAAUUUGCUGGAUUUUUAUCUUAUCAUCCAUCGUCAUCAUUGAUGUUACAAAAUUCGGAAGAGGAUAUUGUUAAAAAUGCUUUUGUCACUGAUGAUCUGGAGAUUAUUCGUAUACUUUAUGUUUAUUUUCAUAAUGUUUACAAACAUUUGGAUCGUCAUGAAAAAUGCUAUUUAGAAGAUAACAAUCAUAGUCAUCAUAAUAAACCAAUGAAGUCGAAAGAGUUAUCUCGUAAAUUACAUAAUCCAUUUCUAUUAUCCUACUUAGAAGAUGAUCAUAAUGAUAAUGAUAAACAUGAUAAAAGUUAUAUAAUAAAUGAUAAAAUUCAAGCAUGGACAUCUUCUGGUAAUCAAUUAUUCGAUCCAUUUGGACAUCGUCAAUUAUGCCCACUCAAUAUGCAGCAAUCAAUGGAUCUAAUGAAAAGUGUACAAGUCAACUAUGAAUAUGUAUGUGGAGUCGAACUUAUUCGAUGGUGUGUGGAAAACAUGUUACUGUUUACCUUUUUAUAACUCAAACAAAACCAUCAUUGUAAUAGAAAUCCCGAAUCAAAUUUAACUUACCACCUUAUCCAAGUAUGCCAACAGAAUCAAUCAAUCUGAAUCGUUAUCGUGACCCAUCACUUCUAUUGUUGAAGGAAAUGGACUCUUCGUCAUCAUCAAGUUCCACAUCUUCAUCAGAUCCCGAAGAUUCAGAUGUAGAUAAUGACUCACUUAGACUUGAAGAUGUUGAUUAAAAUAACAGAAUUAUUUUCCCUCAUAUAAUUUAUUGUAAAUAGUUAUUUUUGAUAGUUUCUAUAAAAAACUAAAAGUUGAUUAAAUCAUUUUAUUGAUAUAGCCUCGUUCUCUGCCGAUAGUAUUUUACAGUCG